UAUCGAGUCGCCCGUCACCACAGCUGAUAUUGAGGCGACGCGCCGGCCGUCCAGAUCAACCAAAAAAGAAAAAAAGAAAAAACAGUAGCCAUGUCGCGGCUCCUCCUCCUCGGGGCCGCCGUGCUGCUGCUCGCGUCGGCCGCCACGGCGCAGGACUGCCUGUCCGCGACGUUCAGCGGCGGGCGGACCUUCGGGCGGUGCAACAACCUGCCGUCGCUGAGCGCCAGCCUGCACUGGACGUACCACCCGGAGAACGGCACCGCGGACGUGGCGUUCCGCGCGCCGUCGGACGCCAGCGGCUGGGUCGCCUGGGGCAUCAACCCCGACCGCGGCGGCAGCAUGGGCGGCAGCAGCGUCUUCGUGGCCUCGCCCUCGCAGGACGGCAGCGGCGCGGUGUCCAUCCUCAUGACCCACCUGGAGAGCACGUCGCCCAGCCUAACCAACAACACGCUCAAGUUCAAGGUGCCCGUCGGCCCCGCCGCCGAGUACUCCAACGGCGCCUACACCAUAUUCGCCACGGUGGAGCUUCCCGGCAACUCCACGCAGCAGUUCACGGUGUGGCAGGCCGGCGCGACCAGCAACGGUGCCAUCUCCCCUCACCCGACGGCGCCGGCCAACUUGGCCAGCACCCAGAGGCUGGACUUCCUCUCCGGGUCCAGCACCGCCGCCUCAAACUCCAGGCUUCACCGCCGUAACAUCCACGGCAUGCUGAACGCGAUCGCCUGGGGCGUCCUGAUCCCCGUCGGCGCCAUCAUCGCGCGGUACCUGCGCGUGUUCGAGUCCGCGGACCCGGCGUGGUUCUACCUGCACAUCGCGUGCCAGUGCUCCGGCUACAUCCUGGGCGUGGCCGGCUGGGGCCUGGGGCUGAAGCUCGGCAGCGAGUCGGCCGGCGUCACCUACCAGCCGCACCGCAGCAUCGGCAUCGCCAUCUUCUGCCUGGCCACGCUGCAGGUGUUCGCGCUGCUGCUCCGGCCCGACAAGAAGAACAGGUACAGGCUGUACUGGAACAUCUACCACCACUCCGUCGGCUACUCCGUCAUCGUCCUCGGUGCCGUCAACAUCUUCAAGGGGCUCGACAUCCUCAAGCCGGACAGCGGCUACAAGACCGCCUACAUUGUCGUCCUGGCCACGCUCGGCGGCGUCGCGCUCUGCCUCGAGGCCAUCACGUGGCCCAUCGCCAUCCGGAAGCGCAGGCGUAACGCCGCCGACAAGGCGUCCAACGGCAACGGCUGGCAGCAGGGUGCGUAGGGGGCCAGGUCGAUCGCCGGGCUUUGUGCGCGUGUGUCGUUGUGCUAUAGUUUUGAUGCGAGAGAGAGGUCUGAUAUCGAUGUGCUGAUGCCGUUGUUCAGAGAGAGAGAUCGUUGCUGAUGUGUUUCUUUCCUGUUACUACUGCCUCUGUAGUCUGUACUCCUACCUAGAAGAGUAGCUCCUUUGAUUUUUUUUCUUCUGUUUUGUUGUUGAAUUUUAUUAGGGUUCUAUAGUGCCAUUUGUACACAUUUUUUCCCUUCUUAUUGAUGUACGUACGACUGCUUUGAUUAUUGUAUGGUUUCAGUCAGAUGACACGGCUUUCCUUACUGCUC